AAAUCAGUCAGAUAUGCGGAUAAAGGAUUAAAUUUAACUGUGCGACUGCUCCACAGCUCAACUUACAUUUCCAAGCAGUUCUAAAUCAAUGGCGUUAACUCAGUCAGAACGGGAGCUUGGAUGUAUAAUCACUAUCCUCAUUCUUUAUCUGGAAAAGAACAAUUCGGACACUCUGAGUUGGAAUGACAUGAUGGUGAGUAAAUGAUGACAACAUUUAUAUUUUUGGGUGAACUAACCCUAAAUGAACCCCUAACAGUGUCAAGCCACUACAGAAUAAACAGAAGCAGAAUUUCUUUGGUUGCCUUGUGGCUUUCUGCUGUGUUGUGGACCAUUGUUUGCUGGGCUAAUUUUGUUGUGUUUUGCUUCAAAACCUAGAUUCUGGAUCAUGAACUGUUGAGUAAAUCUAAAUUACAAUCUUACUCUUUUGUCUCUCAGAAUGCCAUACACAUGCUGAUUCGACCAAUGUGGCCUUGUAAACUCUGAAUCUGUGGAGUGUACACCCCUCUAUACAGCCACGCCGAAGAGAUGUACCAGGAGGUGGCAUUUCUAGCCGGCAGCGCUGAUCAUCAGUUUACCACCUUCCACUUCAACCCUUUGGAGAACCCCCAUGAGAUCAGCAGCAAAAAGGGCGUGUUUUAUAAACGAGUGCAACUGCAGCACAAGCCUAGAAAGGAGGAUGAGGUUUACCGGCAUCGUGCAGGUAGCGUGGACAAGGAUGAUGCAGUUGACUUUGCUGCCAUCAUUAACGUGGGUGGCAUCCGUUAUCGCAUACCAUGGUCCACUCUCGAGGAGUUUCCGUUGACACGCCUGGGAAAGUUACGGAGCUGCAGCAAUGCCGAGGAGAUCCUCGACUUGUGUGAUGACUAUGACGCUCACUGCAACGAGUUCUUCUUCGACCGAAGCCCAAUUGCUUUCCGCUCCAUUGUCACGUUCCUGGCGGCCGGAAAGCUUCGUCUCCUUCGGGAGAUGUGUGCUCUGUCUUUUCAGGAGGAGUUGCUUUACUGGGGUGUGGAGGAGGCAAGCUUGGAGUGGUGUUGCUUGAGAAAGUUGCGUCUUCGGCAAGCAGAGCUGCGGGAGAGACUUCGGCAAGAGGAGGAAGAGACCGAGCUUGCUUCGCGUCAGUCAUAUGAGGAGGUGCCUUGUGACGGGAGCCAAGAGGAGGGACGUUUGGAUGGGUGCAUGCACAGCCUUAGAGACAUGGUGGAGAAUCCUCAUUCUGGGAUUCCUGGGAAGAUCUUCGCCUGCCUCUCGGUAGUUUUUGUGGCCAUUACGGCAGUUACACUGUGUGUCAGCACCAUGCCUGACCUGAGGGAGGAGGAAGAGAGGGGUGAAUGCUCGCAGAGGUGCUACAACAUCUUUGUACUGGAAACGGUUUGUGUGGGCUGGUUCUCCCUGGAGUUUCUGUUGCGGUUCAUCCAGACGCAGAGCAAGUGCACUUUCUUACGCACACCACUCAACAUCAUUGACGUGGUGGCCAUCCUGCCCUACUACGUUACUCUGAUCGUGGACUCACUGUCCGUGAGCGACCGGCCCACUGGCUCAGGAAACAACUACCUGGAGAAGGUUGGAUUGGUCCUGCGAGUUCUUCGAGCAUUGCGGAUCUUCUAUGUAAUGCGUUUAGCUCGGCACUCUUUAGGGCUGCAGACGCUGGGGCUGACGGUACGCCGUUGCACUCGCGAGUUUGGACUGCUUUUGCUUUUCCUGUGUGUCGCCAUGGCAUUGUUCUCGCCGCUGGUCUUCUUGGCCGAGAGUGAGCUGGGUGCCAAGCAGGAGUUCACUAGCAUCCCCGGGAGUUACUGGUGGGCUGUGAUCUCCAUGACGACAGUUGGAUACGGGGACAUGGUUCCUCGCAGUAUUCCGGGUCAAGUGGUGGCGCUCAGCAGCAUUCUGAGCGGAAUACUGCUCAUGGCGUUCCCAGUCACAUCUAUAUUUCACACUUUCUCGCGCUCCUAUGUGGAGCUUAAAGAGGAACAAAGUCGGGCCUCCAGGCACAAGCCUGAUUCCCAGGACAGCACCAAGUCCCAGAAUAGUGAGGAUUCCCAGGACACCGAUAUUUCCAUACAUGGAAUCACGGAACCUACGACAGCCAUCAGUGCACACCACCGCAAAUCUGUUGUUAUGACAAGUCAAGGGGUCCCACUGGUCAGGAGAUCACUGAAAUCCUAAUGCACACAGCGGACUGUAAGACUCUUUUUAAAGAAAUAACACUUACAAAGAUGUGGGACAGGUGAGAUGCUAUAUGUAUUGUAUCUGAAUGAAACAGGUGACUUAACAAUAAAAGACAUUGGGAAGGUGGUGCUAUAACGGACAGGUUUGUAAAUCCAAAGCACAAUUAUAUAAAGGGUUAGUUCACCC